AACGCGGAAGAAGCUCGAAACACCUGCCGGAGGAGACAACAGGCUCGGACAGCUCAGAUGUCUCAUCAUUACCACAGUUGAUGUCUUUCCGUGUGAUGAUGACGCCACCUUCGCUUUAGCAUCCGUGAGGCGUUUUUGUGGGCGGAGCUUCAGGAUGGGCAUCAUCGUGGCCAAGCUGCUGGGCCUGCUGGGACUGUUCGGCCUCAUGCUGGCCGGGGUGCUGGUCCCGGUGCGCCUCCUGCUGGUGGACUACGACAAGGCCAACCGGUACCGGAGGGUUCUGUCUCUGUGUAACUCGUUCGGAGGAGGCGUGUUCUUGGCCACAUGCUUCAACGCUCUGCUGCCCACCGUCAGAGAUAAGGUGUCCGACGUGUUCCAGCAGCUGAAGGUCAACACAGACUACCCUCUGGCGGAGACGAUGAUGAUGCUGGGCUUCUUCCUCACCGUCUUCAUCGAACAGGCCAUCCUCACCUUCAGGAAGGAGAAGCCGUCCUUCAUCGACCUGGAGACGUUCAACGCCGGCGGCUCCGAGGCGGGCAGCGACUCCGAGUACGACACCCCCUUCAUCGCCGGUCCGGGCGUACGCGGCGGUCGCGGCGCCCAUUCGUCCCACGGUCACCAGCACGGUCACUUCAGCGCGGCGGAGCUGGCGGGGGCGGGGCCUCUGCGGCUGGUCAGUCUAGUCCUGGCGCUGUCGGCCCACUCGGUGUUCGAGGGCCUGGCGCUGGGUCUGCAGGAGGACCAGGCCAAGCUGGGCGGCCUGUUUGUGGGCGUGGCCGUGCACGAGACGCUGGCCGCCGUGGCUCUGGGCGUGAGCGUGGCCAAAGCGGGGCUGGGCCUGAAGGACGGCGCCAAGCUGGGGGUGACGGUGAGCCUGAUGAUACCGCUGGGCAUGGUGGUGGGGAUGGGCAUCGAGUCAACGCAGACGCUGGCGGGCGGCGUGGCGUCGGUGGUCCUGCAGGGCCUCGCCGCCGGAACCUUCUUGUUCGUCACCUUCUUCGAGAUUCUGUCCCGCGAACUGGACGACAAACAGGACCGGCUGCUCAAAGUGCUGUUCCUCGUCAUCGGGUACGGAAUACUUGCCGCGCUCGUCUGCAUCAAAUGGUGACGGGACGACAGAACGACCGCCGCCGCUCUCCAACGCCAGGGGGACGCCACAACAUUUAACCGAUAGAAUGAAGGUGAUGAAAAACGUAACGAGAACCGAGUAACGUGCGUUUCAUGUUGACGAACGGUCGGUUUUAACUAGAGCUGCAACCGAUUAAUCGACUCAAAGUGAUCCAAACAAAUCAUUUACCCACAGUUCUCCUGAAUCAAACCUUUGUUUCCUUCCAUUUCUCUGCUGUUAAACUUUGG